AUGGGGAGUCGGGGGCCUCACAGGCUGCCCCUGGCGCAGGCUCCAUACACGGUCCUGCUGCUGCCGCUGGAAACAAGCCGCCAGGAUCCAGCAGCCCGCAGCUUCUUUCUUUGGUUGCAGAGGAUGCAGGCUCUGGAGCGGCGGCAGGAUGCCCUGUGGCAGGGGCUGCAGCUGCUGGAACGUGGCCGUGCCUGGUUUGAAGAUGGCCUGAGGGAAGCUCAGCAAGAGCAACUGCACCUGGGGGCCCUUGGUGAGGAUUUUCUCACACAUUCAAACUCAGAGUCUGAUGGCUCCCACUUAGCCCAGAUUCAAACAGUCAACACCUGUUUGCAGACCCUUAUCCAGGAGAAGGAGCUGGCCAGGCAGUGGGAGAGCGCUGUCAGGUCCCAGCGUCAGCCGGCCCACAGCUGCCUGCAGGGGCGGAGGGGCGCCACCCGUGUCUGAACCUCCUCCUCGCAGCUCUCACCCUCUGGGUUACCCCACCUCGCUGCUCAGCCCCUCCUGAACCCAGCAGCCACCCCGCCGAGGUGCAUCAG